AUGUCUGGCCUAGACGUGGAAGCCCUCCUUGACUCGACUGCCUCCUCCAAGGAGCAGCAACAGUCCGGCAGCAAGGCUACUGCUAACGGCGACUCGCCUUCCCACCAGAACAACGGAAGCCGCAGCGAGCACGGCCGCGACCGCGACCGCGAACGCGACAGAGACCAUCGUGAUCGAGACCACCGCCGCAGCCGCGACCGCAGCCGAGGAGACGACCGAGGCGGCGGCGGCUCCCAUCGCCGACGAGACCGUAGCGCCGGUGGAGGCGGACGAUACCGCAACUCGUCCAGCGGCCGUGAGACCCCGCGUAGCGAUGCCGGGAGCCACAAGAGUAGUAGGCGUCGGAGCAGAAGUCGUGAUUCCGGCCGACACUCACGCCGUCACAGAAAUAAUAAUGAUGGCGACUACUACCGUGGCAGCAACCGCGGUCGAGGAGGCGGUGGUGGCGGUGGUGGUGGACGCUCGCGCUCGCGCUCGCCGAACCGGUAUUACCGCCCGCCUGGUGGGGAAGAUCGGAGGGACCGGGAUCGGGACCGGGAUCGGGACCGGGACGAACGUGGGUAUCGCCGGCGGGAUGAUGAUAACCACCGCCGUGGGGGGGGUAGGCAGAGUACCCCGCGGGAUACGUCGCCGACGGGGGAUGAGCGGGAUCGGAGGACGGUGUUUGUGCAGCAGUUGGCUGCGCGGCUGCGGACUCGUGAGCUGAAGGAGUUUUUUGAGAAAGUUGGUCCUGUUGCUGAGGCGCAGAUUGUUAAGGAUCGCGUGAGCAACCGGUCUAAAGGUGUCGGCUAUGUCGAGUUCAAGAGUGAAGAAUCCAUCCCGGCCGCCCUCCAGCUCACUGGUCAGAAACUCCUAGGUAUUCCCGUCAUCGUCCAGCCCACCGAGGCCGAGAAGAACCGCCAAGUCCGCAACCCGGAGUCGUCCGGCCACCCCAACUCCAUCCCCUUCCACCGCUUGUAUGUCGGCAACAUCCACUUCAGCAUCACCGAGACGGACCUGCAGAACGUUUUUGAGCCGUUUGGCGAGCUCGAGUUUGUGCAGCUGCAGAAGGAUGAUAGCGGCCGUAGCCGCGGUUAUGGCUUUGUCCAAUUCCGCGAUGCUGGCCAGGCCCGUGAGGCUCUUGAAAAGAUGAACGGGUUUGACCUGGCUGGUCGCCCGAUCCGUGUUGGACUUGGAAACGAUAAGUUUACCCCAGAGUCAACUGCCAAUCUCCUGCGGGGUUUCCAAGGCCAGAAUCAACAGUUCCAGGGAUCUGCUUUCUCCGGAGCCGGGGGCCGCGGUCCCCAGGCGUCCAACUUCGACCGUGCCGGAGCGCGCGAUAACGAGAAGGGCACCGGUGCCAGCGCCCUGGACGACACCGACGUCGCCGGUGUCAACUUUAACAACUACAGCCGAGACGCUCUCAUGCGCAAGCUAGCGAGAACUGACGAGCCUGCUACCAACAGCCAACCUGAGCGACAGCAGAUUUUGAAGCCCAAGACGGAGACGAAGCCACUGCCUGUUAAUGUCAGCAUGGCCAGCCGCUGUGUGGUCCUCCACAACAUGUUUGAUCCCGCUGAACAAGUGGGUGACGACUGGGCCAAGGAGCUCGAAGAAGAGGUGCGGCAAGAGGCCGAGGAGAAGUACGGCCACGUCGUGCACAUCUCGCUCGACGCCCACUCGCAAGGCGACAUCUACCUCAAGUUCGACAAGGUCUCGGGCGGCGAGAACGCCAUCAAGGGUCUCAACGGCCGUUACUUUGACGGGCGGAUGAUCACUGCUGCUCCGGUCGUGGACGCGGUCUACAGCAGUUUGUUCUCUCGCACCAAGGCGAUCUAA